AAAAAAUGUGAGAUUUGGGAGUGGAAUAAAUACAAGGGCAUGGUUGUAAAUGACAGCUGCUCAUUUUAUUCUGCUACCUGAAAAGAUCCCAAUUCAUUCCCAUCCGACGUAUCAUUGUUCGAGCUUUGAAACGGUGCUGUUUCUCUUUUUCUCAGACAGAGAUUACACACAGAACCAAUCUGCAGAGGAGCCUGAGUUGAAGACGUGUGUGGGAGGGAAAAUGUCAGGCACCGAGGAAGUAAAGGAGCAAACAGAAGUUGUAAUGGAGAAUGCUGACAAGCCCACACCAUCAACACAACAGGAAGUUGAGGAAGUUAUAAAGAAAAAAUAUGGUGGGAUAGUGCCUAAGAAACCACCAUUGAUUUCUAAGGAUCAUGAACGUGCUUACUUUGACUCUGCUGAUUGGGCCUUGGGAAAGCAAGGUGCAGCAAAGCCUAAAGGACCACUGGAGGCCCUCCGGCCAAAGCUACAGCCAACUCAGCAGCAAACACGUUACCGCAAAUCUCAUUAUGCCCCAUCAGAAGGUGAAGAUGGAAAUGGAACCCAACCCGAAGAUAUGACUGCCAGUGAAUGAGAAGAAUAUGUUAAUCCUUUGAUCUUGGGAAGUAAUUUUAUGCUGAAAACAAAAGUGUGCAAGAAAAAAAUGUUUUAGGACCAUAAGGAAGAACUCACCUAUAUGUUUUUACUUGUGCUGUAUGUCCCCAGAUUUUUGGAAGUCUUUCCUGGCUUUAUUCCUGUUGUAAACUAUUUUACUACUGUUUGUCAACUCUGAGUUCAGAAGUUGUUGAGGUUUACAAGCGUAAAUUUGAGAUGUCAAACUAUUUUCAUCGACCAUUUUGUGUGAUGGGUGUUUAUUUUGUUCAAGUUCAAAUUUUUUCAAUGUUAAAUUUGCUUCAACUAUUUAAUACCUUGUUUUCCGUUGGGCUGCUUACCUUUUUCGAUCUGCGUAUAUGUUAGUCAUGGAAAUUCAAGAAUAUCGUCCUAAUCUUUGUACAUGAAAAAUACUUGAUGUCCCCCAUUUUUGAACAAAAAUUCAGCUGUGUUCAACAUCCUUUCGGUUUGCAUUUCCGAAAUGAAUAUCCUUUGGAUGGUGUGAUAACAAAGUAAAUUAUGUCGUGUUUGAAUCUACUUAUAAAACCACAAAACUGUUUGGAAUCUAAUCAUAAAAACUCAGGUGUGUUUGUUUAUAAAUAAA